AGUAACUCGCAUAUUCUUGCAGCCAAGUCUUUGAGCAGCUAUUACACGCAGCAUUUCACAACCUACUUCGACUGCCAUCUUCCACUACGAUUUCAUCUACGGAACCACCGUCGCGAGAUCCGGUUUAGUGACUUCAUUGAUAUCCUUUGCUAGAUUUGGCGGAGAUGGAGGCUGUUGAGUACGUCGUCAAGCCGGUGCAGGACUUCGCCAAGGACAGCAUCAGACUAGUGAAGCGGUGUCAUAAACCAGAUCGGAAAGAAUUCACGAAAGUGGCUUCCAGGACAGCCAUUGGGUUCGUGGUUAUGGGAUUCAUCGGUUUCUUUGUGAAGCUCAUCUUCAUCCCCAUCAACAACAUUAUUGUCGGAUCGUAAUUAAGGUCUUGCAGGCCCAUUCUGGUUAGGACGCAGAUAAGAACUCUGUUCCACAAAUAUGAUAUGACAAUCUUCUGUUGGCUGUGGUUAGUUUUGCCAUAUUAAAGUGUCUGCAUGUUAUAUGGAGUUUCAAGAGCACUGAAGCUGACUACGUUGACAGUAUUGUUUGAUAGUGAUCUUGACAGCAUCCGACUACUACAGUGUGCUAUGGUGACAGUUGUGCCAGG